AGUUGCCACUGGCAGGCUGUCACCCCCUCCAGCUGCCAAGUAUCAGGAACCUACUGUGUAGGUUUUUUUGCAUCAAGAUCAUCAGAGUACCUACCCGGUCCUACCGGCGUUUACGUGUGGAGGGGAGACUGUAAAGAUGGACACCGAAGCUAGCAGCAAUCUUGUAAAUGGACAAAUAGCCUUUAUGCUUGACCUGUACCGCGCUGCAUUGUCAUCGACGGGUGCUAACGCUCAAAGCGAGAAGCUACUGAAUGUAGCGCUCUCGCCAGUAAGCAUAGCUCUCGCCCUGGCCGUCAUCUCUGGUGGUUCAGCAGGAAACACGUUGAAGGAAAUAGUUGAUGUUCUGCGGCUGCCCAGAGAAUCUGAUGUGGCUUCUGCUCAUUCUUCCCUAGCAGGUCUGCACCGGAAUCUGCUAGGGAAGCCCAGUGCCGACUCCUGCCCAGAGUCAGCUGCAGCCGCAAAAGUUCAGAUUGCGACCGGAGUUUGGGUGAGUGACCGGUUCCCGUUGAAGAAGGAGUACGAGGAUCAUGUUGGGACGUACGAGGGCCGUGUGGUCCCUGCAGAUUUUGUGGGGRCAGCAUCACAAGUCAGUGCUGAAAUCAACCAGUGGGUGAGUAAACAGACGUCGGGAAAGAUACCCGAGAUCGUCCCGGCUGGUCUGCUUAAUGCAGAAUCUGUCAUUGUGCUUGUUAACGCUCUCUACUUCAAGGGAUUAUGGCACAAAGUCUUCAAUCCGGCGUCUACUGCCCCCAGAGACUUCAAGAUACCAUCCAAAGGUGGCGGCAUCGMCACGGUGUCGGUUCCGAUGAUGAGGAACAAAGGAAGUUACAGAAUGGGAGAGCAAAACGGUUUCCGGAUUCUGCGGUUGCCGUAUCAGGUCGGGGGAGGAGCAGAGACGGAGGAGGAGGUCCGUGAGCGUGAGCUGGCUAUGUAURUUUUCCUGCCGAACGAGGUGGAUGGGCUUGCAAAGAUGGAGGAAUCAUUGAGUGCGGAGUUGCUGACRAAGUCCUUCAGCAGUAUGUUCAGUGUUGAUUUUGACCGACUUUUGCUCCCUAAAUUCAAAAUCUCCUCGAGUCUGGAACUCAAYGGGCCACUCAUGGACAUUGGCAUGAAGAGCGCUUUCGGCAGCGAUGCCGACUUCUCAAACCUCUUCGGUUGUGAUGCUCCCUCGAUUUACAUCUCGGAUGUCCUCCACAAUGCAUGUGUCGAGGUUGACGAGGAGGGCACGGUUGCUGCGGCAGCAACUGCCRUAGUCUGUGGGGUGAYGUGUUGGAGACCCCCUAUUGAGUUUGUUGUCGAUCACCCUUUCCUUUUCAUGAUCCGAGAGGACACAUCGGGUAUGAUUCUAUUCGUUGGCCGUGUCGUUGAUCCUCGUCCAUCCGUGGGUUUGUGAAUGUUACAGCGUCCUUUCAGUUCUUCAAUGGGUUUGUAUAACUUUGUAAUGGAUGGGUGCCAGACUCUCACACCUAAGCGAGAGUGCAUCUUCCUCGUGUUGGUCGUGGUGUAAUUGUACAGAUGCGUUAAUUUUUAAUGAACAGAGAAUGAGCUG